AUGGAUUCAAUAUCAGUACCAUUACAAUUUUGUUUAAUGAGAGUUCAAGAAGCUGUACCUGGUAAACCUCAUUUUUCAGUUGAAAGACUAUUAAUUAGAGUAACAUAUUCAGAUGAGAGAAUUUCCCAUCCAAUUGGUAACCCUGAAGCAUAA